AUGGAGCCACCGUGGCAGGGGGCGUUGCGGCACCCGACUGACGCGAACGCCCAUGAGUCUGUCGCAUCGUCUGCGCCUGCCGCCGAAUCGUACGUCUACGCCUGCCGCAAGUGUAGACGCGUCUUGUUCAGGCAACAGGAGCUCGUGCCGCACGACGCUGAGCCCGGCAGCUGCGGCAAUAAGGGUUUCAAACAGCGUGGUGGGGGCCAUGCCUCGCAACAGCAGCAGCGCGAGGUUUGUGCGGCGCGGGAGGGCGAGGUGUGCACAAGCUACUUUCUUGACCCAGACGUCUCACCGUGGGUGGCGGAGGAGAGCCGUGAGGUGCAUCAGAUGAGUGGCGGCGCCGAUGUUCUGCCAGACACCAUCUACUGCCCCAAUCGCAGCUGCCGCGCGAAGAUUGGAACGCAGUCGUGGGUGGGCUCGCAGUGCUCCUGCGGCGCGUGGGUGGCACCGGCGUUCAAGAUUCACAGUCGCGUGGUGGACAAAAUGCCAGCUGUGUAG